AUGGCUCGUAUCGAGGCAUCAUGGCAGGAGAUCACGCAGCGCGAGGGAGAGCCUAAAGCGCGCAGCUCACACGCUAUAGCAGUCGCCGGCGACAAGAUGUUUGUGUUCGGUGGGGAGUUUGAGCCGAGAGUCCCCAUUGGCAACGCCGUGCAUGUGAUGGAUCUCAGCACCCGGGAGUGGUCCAUCGCUCCCGCUUCUGGCGACAUCCCAUCCCCCCGCAUCGGCAUCACGAUGGUGGCUCUGGGGAGCACCCUGUACGUGUUUGGCGGGAGAGACGGUGACAAGAACGAGCUGAGUGACUUUUAUUCCUUCGAUACAGUCACGGGGCAGUGGCGGCUGCUGACCACUGGCGACAAGUCCCCUCCUGGCAGGAGCUACCACACCAUGGCAGCGGAUCCCCAUCGCGCCCAAAUCUACAUCUUCGGCGGCUGUGGCACCACCGGUCGUUUCAACGACCUUUGGGCCUACCCUGUCGCUCCCAGCCACACCAACACAUGGCGGCAGCUGCCCUCCCCUCCCCCUUCCAGUGGCUGUGUGCCCCGGGGGGGGCCUGGGCUGGCUGUUGCAGGGGACGCAGUGUGGGUGCUGUUUGGGUUUUCCGGGGAGCACGAGCUUGGGGACGUGCAUAGGUUUGAUCUAGGGAAGGAGACGUGGGAGGAGGUGGGAUUUCCUGCUGCUGCUGGUGCGGAGACGGCUGGUAGCGGGGAGGCUACUAAAGGGGAUGAAGUUGAAGGGUCGGCGGUUAAGCCCAUUCCAAGGAGUGUUUUCGGCGCUGUGACCGUCUCGCUCCCUGCUGUUAACGAGUCUGCUUGUAAAGAGUACAUAGUGGUGUAUGGGGGAGAGGUAGACCCAUCAGAUCUGGGUCACUUGGGGGCGGGAAAAUUCUCUAAAGAUCUCUUCCUAUUGGACGUCGAGGAAAGGAAGUGGCUCCGACCGGCGUCGCUCGUCUCUUCUGGCGGGGACCCGGGCGCUCGUGGCUGGUUCCCUGUUGCUCCUUUGGCUGCUGGCAUGGUGGUGUAUGGAGGCAAUUCGGAGAGCAACGACCGCUUGGAUGACGUGUUUGUGCUCCGGCUGACCGUGGCUUGA